AUCACUGCCUUCUCAAAUCGCCAACAUCAACAAACAAAAUUUUGUGAAAGGAAGUGACAGAUUUGCAGCAGCUGCGAAGUUUCCUGCCUUUUUUAGGAGUUGCUCAGGCUGCCUGCAGUCUGUUUUAUCUGAGAUAAGAGACCAGCUCUUUUGGAUAGGGACCAACACCUCUGGUUGCGUAGCGUAUGUCAUCAUUUGCUGUUUCUAUCACUGAACCACAGCAAAGAGGGAGAGUCUGGAGUGAAGACCUGAGACAAACCGUUCUAUCAAGAUGAGAGGCUUUGGAGUGCCCUUGCUUGCCUGUGCUGUCGUUUUCUCUUCAGUUAACUCACAGAUCAUUACCAUCUUCGAUGGUCGGCAGGAGGCUGACGCAGCUGUAGGAUCUGAAAUUCUGCUCCGGUUGGAAACAUCUUCAGAGUUGAGGAGCGGUAGCUGGAGGUUUAACUGUUCAGAUGUGGCUCUCUGGAUUGGUAAUACCACAGAUAUCAGCAAUGACUAUUCAGACCGGGCAGAGUUAUCUGCUAAUGGGACCCUCACGUUGAAAUCACUAAUGGUCAACGACAGCGGAGAUUACUUCGUUACCAUGAACCCACUCAUCUCAAACGUCUCAAAAAUGUCAAGCAUCAUGCUAAACGUGAUUGAACCUGUUUCCAAGCCCGAAAUCUCCCUGAGCUUGUCACAAGUUGUGGAAGACAAUGAAACUGUCACACUGUACUGCAACCUGACUGGACAUUCCCCAUCCAUUCAAUGGAUCAAGGAUGGCCAAUACAUUCAGUAUAACGACAGGAUGAAUUUGUCAUUGGACAAUCACACAUUAAUAUUAACAGCGGUCAAUCGGUCAGAUUCGGGAGAAUAUCAGUGUGAGGGCUACAACACUGUCAGUCGCAAAACAAGUAACACACUGUUCCUUACGGUUUAUUUUGGUCCAGAAGAUCCUCAAAUUUCCAUUGAUCCUGAUAAAGAAGACAUCAUCUUGGGAUCAAAUGUCACUUUCAACUGUUCUGUGCUGUCAGUUCCACCUGCCGAAUUCAAGUGGUUUUUCAAUGGGCGCUCUCUGAACCGAACAGGACAAAUGAUGGUCAUCGAUAGCUAUGGCUCAAGUCACAACGGCAUUUACAUGUGCCAAGCCCAUAACAAUAUGACUGGAAAGUACAUCAAUAAAACGACAGAGGUUCAUGUUGUAGAGCCAGUCUCGAAGCCAAACAUUACUGCAAAUGUUUCAGACCCAAUUGAACACAAUGACACAGUGUCCUUGACUUGUCACGUAACUGGUGAUCUGAGGUAUCUGUCCUGGAUGAAGUUGAACCAGUUUAUUCAGAGCAACGAGAGGAUGAAGUUAUCAGAGGGCAAUGCCACACUGACAAUAUCAUCGGUGAAUAGAUCAGAUUCAGGCAACUACUCAUGCCAGGCAUGGGGCUACAGAAAUAGUGAAACAAGCAAUCCAUUUGAACUGAGCGUUUACUAUGGACCAGAUACCCCUCAGCUGACCAUCGAUGAUGAGAAGGAAGCAUAUGCUCCUGAAUCAGAUAUCAUUCUCAGAUGUACUGCUGACUCCAUUCCUCCUGCCACGUUCGAAUGGCUACUAAACGGGAACUCUCUUCGGCAGACAAGUGAAACACUAGUCCUUUCCAAAAUGAACAUAAGUGACUUUGGGAAUUACACCUGCAAGGCUUAUAAUAAUCGCACCAUGUUAUAUGCGGAAACAACAAAGCAAAUAACUGCAAUCGAAGGCAUUUCAAAACCGAAGAUUAUUGCCAAUGCUUCGCAGCUGGUAGAACACAAAGACACAGCAAUUCUGAAGUGUGGUGUAUCUGGCAAUUGGCACUCCCUUAAAUGGAGCAGAGACCAGUUAGCACUGCUGCACAGUGAAAAUAUGGAGCUUUCGGAAAGGAACAAGACAUUAACCAUCAAAGCCGUGAACAGAUCUGAUGCAGGCAACUACACUUGCAAAGUGGAGAGUCUGUUCAGCAGCAAAGAGAGUGACCCAUUUCAGCUGGUCAUUUACUAUGGACCAGAUGAACCCCAGAUUGUAAUAACAUCAGAAGAGCAAACAUUUUCUUACGGAUCCAAUGUUACUCUGGAAUGCAAAGUAGAGUCAGUUCCGCCCUCGAGAUACGAUUGGUUCUUGAAUGGCAAAGAACUUCCACAUCAUGAAAAAUUUUUGGUUGUCAGUAACAUUACGCGGAGCAACUCUGGAAAUUAUACAUGUCAAGGCUACAAUGUGGAAACAAAAAUGAAGAAACAGAAGACAAUACAUCUUUAUCCAUUAGAAUCAAAUGAUCUCGAAGACUAUAAGAACAAGUCUUGGAUUGCUGCCGCAGUAGUUGGAGUCCUUGCCCUUAUUGCCAUCUGUGCCUGCAUCAUCUUCAAACAGCGAAGCGGCUAAAGUGGACACUCUGACAGAGCUCGCAACCCCCACGAAGCAACAAAAUGCUGACAAUUUCUCUCUCUGGGAUGUCAAUCACCUGCUGAACAUCGCCUCUGUAUUGGUGAAUGGAUCUUGCUGGAGGGGCCGAGACAACAUGGAGACCACCUUGGCUUUGCUUGCUCGGCCAAUGGGCAUUUUGCCACCAAGGGUUACCCUCAAAGGGGCAGGUUGCUGUCAUGACAGGCUUACAAUAGAGUUUGUUAGAAUGCUAUUCUAAUUUAUACCAGUUACCAACUUUUAACUUCUGUCUUUCUGCUUCACCACGAAACAAACUAUCAGCCAGAGAAAUAACGAAAGGAUACACUGCCUAACCACAAAGGAUUACGGGUAUUCUCCAAGUUGGCAUUAAUGAAAUGGCUUCUCACUGAUGGGUGUCCAUUGGUGUGUUCGCUUCAGUAUGAAUUUUACCUGUGUUUUUCUCCAUUGAUGCAAUAAACUGGUUUGUUUGUAACUAA